AGUCAUUUUCCGUACGAUAAUUAUUCUCAUGAUCUGAAUCCAAUCUCUACUAGCGGGUGAAAUGUUGGCCAACCGACAACACCCGCCAUUACAGAGUUUCCCAGCCAGUACCAGACUACCAGUGGUAUUUGCUCCAUUCACUUUCUUCCAUGGAGUCCCAGGCCCACCACAGCCAUGAAAUUUCCUCCGCACAAUGCUCAACAAUUUUCGCAAAUUACGCCAUGAAAUAGGAUGGAUCGGUGGAUUCCCAUGUGCGAACUGGACACCAAACCCCUUCUUUUUCUUCCUUUUCAUCUUUAACUUUCCUGCUAACUGCUGCUGAGGCUCUCCAUUUUUGUAUUUUCGCCCCUCUUCUUUGUCACAAACUCUGUUAACUCGUAGCGUUUCCUCUUUUGUUCCCCUGGCCCGCAUUUUAUAAAUGAAGAAAAUGAAUUAAUUCCUACAUUUAGCAGUUGAUACAAGACAAUUACACAAAGUCCAGGGUGCUCUGUUUUAUCUUUUAACUAUAAACCUCCAUUCUGAACCAGGAAUUGUAAACCUCCCAUUCCCCGAGAGAGAGAGAGAGAGAGAGAGAGAGAGAGAUGAGGAACUUGGGUUUGGCUUUUCUCUUCACCAUUCUGCUCCACCAGUGUUUUUUCAGCCCUCACGGCGGCGUGGAAGCGGCGGGAGCCGGUUUCAUCCAAACCAGAGGACCCCAUUUCGUGCUGAACGGCGACCUCUUCUACGCCAACGGAUUCAAUGCCUACUGGUUGAUGUACGUCGCCGCCGACCCAACUCAGAGAUCCAAAGUGUCGGCCGCUUUCCGAGAAGCGAGGAGCCACGACCUCACCGUGGCCAGGACUUGGGCCUUCAGCGACGGCGGUUACAGGGCUCUCCAGUACGCCCCUGGCGCCUACAACCAAGAUAUGUUUCAGGGGCUGGAUUUUGUGGUGGCUGAAGCGAGAAGGUACGGGAUGAAGCUGAUUCUGAGCUUUGCGAACAACUACGACAGCUUCGGUGGGAAGAAGCAGUAUGUUAACUGGGCCAGAGCUCAGGGCGGCGGCCUUGCAUCGGACGAUGAUUUCUUCACUCACCCUCUUGUUAGGACCUACUACAAGAACCACAUUCGGACGGUUCUCAACCGGCAGAAUACAUUCACCGGAAUUCGGUACAAGGACGACCCAACAAUCAUGGCGUGGGAGCUGAUGAACGAGCCCAGAUGCACUUCGGAUUCCUCUGGCAGGACUAUCCAGGCUUGGAUAACGGAAAUGGCGUGGUUUGUGAAGUCAAUAGACAGGAAUCACUUGCUGGAAGCUGGUCUAGAAGGGUUCUACGGGCCAUCUACUCCACAAAGGAUGAAUGUCAACCCUCCCGUUCAAGUUGGAACUGAUUUCAUCGCCAACAACAGGGUUUCAGGCAUCGAUUUUGCGACAGUCCAUUCAUAUCCCGACCAAUGGCUAUCCAACUCCAACGAUCAAUCGCAACUGUCUUUCAUGAACAACUGGCUCGACGCCCACAUCCAGGACGCGCAGUACAUCCUUCGAAAGCCUAUACUCAUCGCGGAAUUCGGCAAGUCGUGGAAGGACGCGGGCUUCUCCGCCUACCGGAGAGACCAGCUGUUCAAUGCCGUUUACUACAAGAUAUACGCGUCGGCCAAGCGCGGCGGGGCGGCGGCAGGGGGGCUGUUCUGGCAGCUGCUGACGGAAGGCAUGGACAGCUUUCGAGAUGGGUACGAGGUGGUUCUGGGGCAGAGUUCCUCGACAGGGGAUUUGAUAGCGCGGCAGUCUCACAAGCUGUAUCAGGUGAGGAAGAUUUUUGGGAGGAUGAGGAACCAGGAGAGGUGGAGGAAGGCCAGAGCUGCGAGGAAGGGUCAGUGGCAGAGUGGUAGCAGAAAUGGCAGUAAAGGGGUUGGGAACUGACGGUAGGCAGAGUGUUGCUGUUUUGGGGGAAGGUAAUUGAAAUGGCGAACGGUUGUUUUAGUAUUUUUGGGCUGUGAUGUGUGGUAAGGGUCCUUCUCUUGGAGAUGAUUGUUUAGUUGGUCGUCCAGGAGGGGCAAAGCAGUAUGUUGCCUUUUAAUCAUGGUAAAGGAAACUCUACCGAAGUCAUACCGGAUCUGGUAGGGUAUUUUGUAGUACUACCGUGGUUCAAUCGUUGUGUAUCAACAAAAUACCGUUUUUGUAGUUAAAAAUAUUUUUUUGUUAAAAAACCGUAUUGGCAGAUUUAGGAUACCGUUUCGGAAUAAUACCGGAAUACAACCAGAAUAUACCGGAUAACAAACCUGAAUAAACUAAAUAGGCAUAU